AGCGCCGCGCUUGCGGCGCAGGCCGGGCAGGUUUCCCGGAAGGACUACGGAUCCUUGUUUUUAGCGCCUCGGCGUGGGGGUAGCGUCUGGGAGCUUCUGCUCUUCCGUUUCUCUGUCUCGGUUCCUGGAACUGCACAUCAGAUUCCCGCAGACAUGUCGGGGUUCAGCCCGGAGCUCAUCGACUAUCUGGAAGGGAAGAUCUCCUUUGAGGAGUUCGAAAGGCGGAGAGAAGAGAGAAAAACCCGUGAGAAGAAAAGUCUUCAGGAAAAAGGCAAGUCAUCAGCUGAAGAAAAUCCAAAUGACUCUGCAGUUCCAUCAUCAUCAGGAAUUGACUCUACCAAGUCUCAGGACGAAGAUGUCAAUGAAGGAGAAACAUCAGAUGGUGUCAGUAAGUCAGUUCACAAGGUCUUUGCUUCCAUGCUUGGAGAGAAUGAAGAUGAUGAGGAGGAGGAGGACGAGGAGGAGGACGAGGAGGAGGAGACACCUGAGCAACCCACUGCAGGCGACGUGUUUGUAUUAGAGAUGGUUCUCAAUCGUGAAACCAAGAAAAUGAUGAAAGAGAAAAGGCCUCGGAGUAAACUUCCCAGAGCUCUGAGAGGUCUCAUGGGUGAAGCCAACAUUCGCUUUGCUCGAGGAGAACGUGAAGAGGCGAUAUUGAUGUGCAUGGAAAUCAUAAGACAAGCUCCUUUGGCUUAUGAGCCAUUUUCUACUCUUGCUAUGAUAUAUGAGGACCAAGGUGACAUGGAGAAAUCACUGCAGUUUGAGUUGAUUGCUGCACAUUUAAAUCCCAGUGACACUGAAGAAUGGGUUAGAUUGGCAGAAAUGUCCCUGGAACAAGACAAUAUUAAGCAGGCUAUUUUUUGCUACACAAAAGCACUUAAAUAUGAACCUACUAAUGUCCGUUAUCUGUGGGAGCGAUCAAGCCUUUAUGAACAGAUGGGAGAUCACAAAAUGGCAAUGGAUGGUUAUAGGCGUAUUUUAAACCUUUUGUCUCCGUCUGAUGGAGAACGAUUUAUGCAAUUGUCCAGAGAUAUGGCAAAGAGUUACUAUGAAGCCAAUGAUGUUAUUUCAGCUAUUAACAUAAUUGAAGAAGCUUUCUCAAAGCACCAGGGCCUAGUCUCCAUGGAAGAUGUUAACAUUGCAGCUGAACUAUACAUUUCUAAUAAACAAUAUGACAGAGCUUUGGAGGUAAUUACAGAUUUUUCUGGAAUUGUGCUAGAAAAAAAAACUACAGAAGAAGGCACUUCAGAAGAGAAUAAAACUGGUGAGAAUGUUUCCUGCACUAUACCGGAUGGUGUGCCAAUAGAUAUCACAGUGAAGUUGAUGGUCUGCCUUGUACAUCUCAACAUCCUUGAACCACUUAAUCCUCUCUUGACAACACUCGUGGAACAGAAUCCCGAAGACAUGGGAGACCUCUAUCUCGAUGUUGCUGAAGCUUUUCUGGAUGUUGGCGAAUAUAAUUCUGCACUUCCCCUCCUUAGUGCGCUAGUCUGCUCUGAAAGAUAUAACCUCGCAGUGGUUUGGCUUCGGCAUGCAGAAUGCCUAAAGGCCUUAGGCUAUAUGGAGCGUGCUGCCGAAAGCUAUGGCAAAGUGGUUGAUCUGGCCCCCCUCCAUUUGGAUGCAAGAAUUUCACUUUCCACCCUUCAGCAGCAGCUGGGCCGUCCUGAGAAAGCUCUGGAAGCUCUGGAACCAAUGUAUGAUCCAGAUACUUUAGCACAAGAUGCAAACGCAGCACAGCAGGAACUGAAGUUGCUGCUUCAACGUUCUACUCUAUUGUUUUCACAAGGAAAAAUGUAUGGUUAUGUGGAUACCUUGCUUACCAUGUUAGCCAUGCUUUUAAGGGUAGCAAUGAAUAGAGCCCAAGUCUGUUUGAUAUCUAGUUCCAAAUCUGGAGAGAGGCAUCUCUACCUUAUUAAAGUGUCAAGAGACAAAAUAUCAGACAACAAUGACCAAGAGUCAGCAAAUUGUGAUGCAAAAGCAAUAUUUGCUGUACUCACGAGUGUUUUGACAAAAGAUGACUGGUGGAACCUUCUUUUGAAGGCCAUAUACUCCUUAUGUGACCUCUCCCGAUUUCAAGAGGCUGAGUUACUUGUGGAUUCUUCUUUGGAAUAUUACUCAUUUUACGAGGACAGGCCAAAACGCAAAGAGCUAGAAUACUUUGGUCUCUCUGCUGCAAUUCUGGACAAAAAUUUCAGAAAGGCAUAUAACUAUAUCAGGAUAAUGGUAAUGGAAAAUGUCAAUAAACCCCAGCUCUGGAACAUUUUCAAUCAAGUUACCAUGCAUUCCCAAGAUGUACGACAUCACCGCUUUUGUCUCCGUUUAAUGCUGAAAAACCCAGAUAAUCAUGCCCUGUGUGUCUUGAAUGGACACAAUGCAUUCGUAUCUGGUAGUUUUAAGCAUGCACUUGGACAGUAUGUGCAGGCCUUUCGCAGCCAUCCCCAUGAACCUCUCUACAGCCUCUGUAUAGGCCUAACCUUUAUUCACAUGGCAUCUCAGAAGUAUGUAUUAAAGAGACAUGCUCUUAUUGUGCAGGGCUUUUCCUUUCUUAAUCGAUACCUCAGUCUACGUGGGCCUUGCCAGGAAUCAUUCUACAAUUUGGGCCGUGGCCUUCACCAGCUGGGGCUGAUUCACCUUGCAAUCCACUAUUAUCAGAAGGCCCUGGAGCUCCCUCCAUUCAUGGUAGAGGGUAUGGAAGUUGACCAGUUAGACUUACGAAGAGAUAUUGCCUACAAUUUGUCUCUCAUAUAUCAGAACAGCGGGAAUAUUGGAAUGGCUCAGAAGCUUUUAUAUACUUAUUGUUCUAUAUAAAGCCCCUCAGCUGGGAAAGCAGCUUGGGCAGCUGCUGUGCAUGGACCAGUAUUUUCUGUCUCAGGGCUUAUUAUUAACCCAAAAAUGGACAUGAUAAUUUCAGAAUUAUCUGUGUAUUUCAUUUUUAAUAUAUGAUAAUAAUUUUUUGGUAGAUAUGCAAAAUUAUCAUUCCUGUAAGAAUUUUAUAUUGGUCUGUCAUUUUCUGUUACCAUUUUUUGCUAAGUUGUCCCCCAAACAAAUGGACAGUAUUAGCCAUUGAACCAGCAUAGAGUUGAAUACACUAUUUUU